AUGCAGCGUUCAGUCAGCGGAGCUGCUCCAUCUACGCCCCAGAAAGCUCCUUUGGCAGCGGGCACAAACGGCACGAAUGGAUACUUUUCGCCCCCUCCACCAAGCUCGCCUUCCAUUCGUUUCGGCGGAUCAAACCGAGGUAGCACCAGAAUAGCUUCCAGCUACUCUGUGUUCCGCAGCUCCACAGGCGGGCAACAAAAGUCCUCAAUCGUCAAAGAUACAGCAUACACUUUGAAGAGGAAAAGUGCGUCUGAGCUUGGCGCUGGAAUCAGCGCAACGGCCGACAAUGUCUCUUUCAUUCAUCUGGUUGAGUGGAUUCGUUCGGAGAGAUUGCAGACUUUGCCGCAUAAGGGCUCCCGAUGGGAUACGGUGUUGAUUCGUGCUCUGUAUUUUGCUGAGCGUCUUCAUGGGUUCGAGACGCAGCUCAAGGCGCAUGCUUCGGAGACGGAGCAUGCGGCGCAUCUUGGGUAUGGCCACAUCAAGCUUCUUUUGGAGCUGGGCCACUCCAACAGCGUUGCAUUGGAUUCUGCUUUUGGAUUCAUGUACAGGUGUUCUUCCGCGGUCUCGGCGCUUUUGGCUCGCUCUGAGGUUCUCAAGUUGUCCAGCGAGGUGUACCAGCAACUUUGUCUUAUGUACACGGACCUGCUCACACUGGUGGUCGAUGUGGCUGUCCGCUUCUACCGCACUGUUCACGGCAGCGAAGGCCAGUCUGCCAGCUUGGACAUGUACGAAGUCUUUGGCGAGACCAUCACCACGUUCCGUGAACGUCGCGAAUCCAUCACCAGAGCGAUCUGGAAAAACCAGAUCGAGGUACAUGGUUCCGAGGACAGCGUGGAUGUAGACGUGCUCAGCCGCUGGCUCGCGCCCCAAGACCGCGUCCUUGCCACAUUAGCUCAGGACCACACCCUCAUUGCCAAUGAUUUGGCAGAAUUCACUGGAAUCUGGUUCUUGGACGAUCUCUCGAACUUUGUCAAAAGCCAGGAUUCCUCGUUGCUCGUCAAUGGCCCAGCUGGCUCCGGCAAAACAACACUCGCAGCAGCGCUUGCAGAACGCCUGCAGCGACCAAUCGCCAGGAAACCCUACACGACUGCAUUCUGCUCUGUCGGAGCUGUCCCAUCGCAGGCCACCAGUCUCAGCGUGGUCAAGGCCCUGCUGCAUCAGAUCUACAAUCUUCGUGUUGGCAAUGUUCGCCUGUAUUCAGCUGUGGUUGCAGCACACGAAAGAGCUCGCUAUACAGCAGAGCCCACCAAAUACGAGGACUUGCUAUGGGACGCUCUCGAGGAAGUCCUUCGCAGCCCGCUCCAAAAUGCACCUGACUUGGUACUCAUUGUGGAAGGCAUCGAUGAGAUCUUGGGUGGUCAGUCCGCUGGUCAAAAUCUCCUGCAGCGCCUUGUGCACGCAGUCGAGCAAGCAAAGGGCGUCAAGCUCAUCGCAAUGGCCCAGAACCUCAAGCUUCCAACAGGAGCUCGCGGCACCAGUCGUGGAAUCACUGAGACCGACACCAAAGGCGACAUUCACGAAGUUGUGAUCAAGACCUUGAUCAAGUCUCAGCACUUCCGAGCUAAGACUGGCCGAGAGCAAGAGUCGCUUGCCGAACACAUCAUCAGCAUUUCUGAUGGUAACUUCUUGUGGGCAGAGCUCGUCUCCGAAGUCCUCCGCCUGGAGAAGACACCAGAACAACUUGACAGCACGGCCAAGGAGCUGAGCAAGACCAAGCACACUGUCGAGAGGCUCACUGCCACUCUCCUCGAGCGCUUGCAGCCAACCGAAGAUGCUAAGCUGUUGUUGUCAUGGCUUGUAAACGCCGCUCGCCCAUUGACUUGGGAUGAGAUCGACAGCUUGUUCUCGAUCAACCCGCAGACUAUUGGCAGAUCCGACAGAAGCCACAAUGUCCACAACAUAGUGUCAUCGUUGGCACCUCUGCUGGAUGUGCAAGAGGAUAUCGUCCGACCACGACAUGCUUCCGUACAGACUGCCUGCCGCACUCUACUGAGUUCUGGUAGCCUGAAAAUUCCAGUUAAAGAGCCACAGCAGGACUUCCUGCUUCGUGUGCUCACGUACGCCAAACUGGCAUUGACCGAGAAGGGAGAGCCAACUCUGGAUGAUACUGAUCGAUCUGUCGUUGAUCAGAGCUUCAGUCGUCAUCCGUUCCUGGAGUAUGUCAUCCGCUACUACCCAUGGCAUCUUCAGCAAGCCGGAAUCAUCACCACGGGCAGCACCGCCGAGCCCAAGAUCAGCCCAGAGCUGCAGAAGGCUUUCCCAGAGAGCACGACCAUGGCUGUCCUUGAGUGGCUAUGCUGGGAUGAUCAGUUCCCAGGCGCGCAAGAAGUCGAAGUGCACGACACCGUCCGCCGCGUGAGAAUCAAGAUCUUCACCGAGAAGCACCCAGCUGUUCUCCAGAGCUAUAUCAAUACCGCUUGCUACUGGGAAGCUUUGGAAGAUUGGGAGAAGGCAGCGAACCUUUACUACCCAGUCAGUUCAGUCGGUCGCUCGAUCCUGAGUGUGUCGCACCCAAUUGUUGUUGAGUGUGCUGUCAGGUACAUCCGGAUCACAGAUUCGUACACCUCGACGACUAGGACGGAGAUCAUUACCCGCAGAGAGCAGACCUUCAUUCUGCUCAUCUCAGCAUACGAGCGUCAAUUUGGCAUGCACUCUGAGGUCGUCAUCAGAACUCGUGAACGUCUCGCGGAGCUCUACAUCGCCAUCAGCGAGGAGGAGCAUGCUCGAGAGAUCCUCCAGAUUAUCCACGGACACACUACCGAUGGCAACGGCGUCACCGGCGGGGUCUCUCGCGGCGUCGAUGAAAGAUUCGUUGUCAAGUUCGGCAAGCAAAAGCAUGGCAAAGAGCUCGACGAAUAUGAAGGUGGAAUCUUCAUUGAUGAGGAUAAGGAAGAGGAUGCUCUCGUCAUCAUUGAUGUCGGCCAGGCAGAUGUCAUUCUUCGCGAGAUUGAGGAGUACAUCAAGCGUCAAGAGCUCGUCCGCGCGGAGCAGACUUACGUCGAGCUGUGGCAGCGUCUGUCGGAGACAUGCAGGACCUCGCUAUCUGUCGAGUGGCACGAGAAGAAGAUCCAAGUGGUGCAGGCUUACUCGCAGUACUUGCACAAACAAAAGCGGACCAUGGAAGCAAAGAGCUUGACGACCUCGAUCUGGAGAGAAUACGAGCACCACGAGCUGUCCUACUCGGAGAAGAUUGUGACUAGAUUGACUGAAUCCGCUCGUUUCUUGAAGAGCGUGGGCGAGUACUCCGCUGCGUUGUCGAUCUACAAGCAUGCGUCGUACCACUACAAGAAUGUCCGCAAGGAAGAGUCUCGCUCGUUCACUGAGAUCGAGGAAGAGAUGACUGUUAUCAGCACCCAAGCUCUGACACAGGCCACCAAGGACUCCAGCAGCACUUCGUCCACGUCCAGCCAUGAGCAAUAUGAGAUGUUCCAUCUGCUCAUCAGCAACAAGAGCAAAAGUGUUGAGUCCUCGAGUCUCACGUUGGCAAAGACUUUGACGGCACGAUACGUUGAAGAGAAGAAGUAUUCUCAAGCUGUCUCGGUCAUUCAAUCUACGCUUGAGCGAACUUGGAGCUCUUUCAUGUCCAGAUCUGUCCACGAGGUAACGAUUGCUUCUUCGUUCCACAAGGAGUCGAUCGAGCUUGUCGAGAGACUUGCAGAAGUCUACAUUCUGCAGCGCCAGUUCGAGAAGGCCGAGGAUGUCUAUGUGAGACUCUAUCGAGCAUCCCUCACGAACACUAAGGACACGACCUUGCUGGAGAAGGCGAAGAGCUUGAUCAUUGGUUUCUACCAGAGACGCGGCCAUCCAAGCAAGAUCAUCGCUGUGUACCAAGAGCUGCUCGCGGUCUACCGCCGUACGCUGGGCCCGAGCCACGAGACUACGAUCACGAUCUUGUACGAGCUGGGAUCGCGAUGCAGAGCUCAUGCACGUAGCCACCCAUACUGGUUGGAGUACUACCAGCAAAUUGUUGUGAGUCUGAACAAGGAUUCCACCACGGUACACGUCCGCGCAAUGGAUGCUGCCAUCAUUGUUGCCGAGUCGUACUGGGAGGAGCGCAGAUACAGCGAUGCUGUCGCUGCUUAUGCGAUCAUCUGGACCACUUUCGUGCAGAAGCACAAGGAGUUCAAGUCGUUCUCUGAGACCAAGUUCGUCUCGACUCUGUACGAGCGCUACUACCAGAGCCUGGAAGAGACCAAAGCCGACUACGAGGUUCUUCUCCAGGUGACAAGCCAGUACCGAGAGACCACCAAGACCGUGUUUGGCGCAACAUCGACCAUUGCGAUCGAGGCCACUGUUGCGCUGGCACGCGUCACGCAGCAGAGCGAGUCUCGCAUUGAGGAGUCCAUUGCUCUCUACGAAGAGGCCUCCAGGAGCGCGUCGAAGUCGGAAUCAUCUUCGUCUUCCAGCCACUUCGAGUUGUCAGAACUUCGCUCAAGCCUGACAACGCUGUACAAGAAGCGCAUCUUCCACUCCUCGUCCUCUUCCGCCAGUUCCGAGACUAUCGCCAAGGCCGUCUCUAUCUAUGAGGAGCAGUUCUCCGAGAAGAAGAGCAAGUACACCUAUUCGCACGAAGAGACGCUGAGCAGCCUGCGCGAGCUCUCCUUGCUCUACGUCAAACAGAGCAAGACCGAGGUUGCAGUGAAGGAACUCAACACCGCAGUCAUCACCAUUGCCCAGAAGGAGACUUCCUCGGAGAGGAUGUACGAGUCUGCGAUGUCGCUUGUGCAGACAUACCAGGCAGCCAACUUGGUCCAGCAGUGCACUCAGACCGUUGAGGAGCUGCACUACCAAUUGGUCGUUCGCGAGAAGAGAUCUAGCUCUAGCUGGAGCGUUGUUGAGGCAAGCCAUGCUUCUCUCUUCUUCCUCGCUGUUUUGGAGUACCAGCUGCGAAAGGAUCUCAAGAUCACGCUAUCCGAGAUCAUGGCCAGCUUGACUGCGGAAGCCUUCAUGUACGGCAACUUCAAGCAGCUGGUGAAAAGCAAAGCAGCACUCGAUAAGCUGCUCCUUGCUGCAGCUCCACUCCGACAUCUGCUGCGCUUCGCCAGCCGCUCUGGUCUCAUUGCUUCUGUUGACCAACAGUGCGUCGACAUAUUCGUUCAGCGAGAGGCAUCCAGUGUGCAGCUUCUGAGCAAGGACUCGCCACGCCACUUCAUUGUGGGCAUUCUGGAGCACAUCUCGAACCGCAAGUGCACUGACUUCGUCCGUGCUGUCAUCCUGGCCUCGAAUGCCACUUUGAAGAAGCUGGUCGACAACAACCAAUUCGCGGAUGCGCACGACAUCGCGAAGAUGACCUUCAUGUACGCUCAGCACCGCAAGGGUUACCGCGGAUCAAAGGGCAUCGCCAGAGGAUUCGAGCUCGCAUCGUAUCUCGAUGGACGUGGAGAGAACAAGUGCCCAGAUCCAGAACUUCGCAAGAAGCUGCUGCAGCUGUCCAACAAGAUCGUGAAAGACAUCAUUGUCAUCUGCCGAGAGGACAAGAUCAACUUUGCCCAAGUUCCAUUGAAGGAGCUGAACGAGCUCAUCGCUCUGUUGGGCGAACAGCAGGAUUACGACACCCUAGAGAUGCUCUUGACAGAACUUUGGACCACCCGCGAAGCACAAAAGAAGUGGGCUCCCGAUGUCCUGCUCCUCCUCGGUCGCCGUCUCAUCUGCGCUCGCUACCUCGCCGGCCGACAAAUCAAGGCCCUCCGCCUCGCCGAAGACAUCGCCUACAACCUCCGUCGCGUCAACGGCGUCCGAAACCCCGCCACCCUCGAAGCAUAUGGCCUGCUGGCUGAGCUGUACACCUCCAUUGGUCAAAACUACCAGAAAGAGACGAGCGAUAAGUCUUCUGCAGGCCUUGCCGCAGACCACUUCAGAAAAGCUAUCAUCGUACACGAGGAUAUCCUGCGCUGGUUGCAGUCUGAUGCUACUAGUGGCGAUGUCGAUGGAGACGUUGAUGACGAUGACAGCGCUGCUCAGAUUCUGGCAGAGCAUGGCAUCCAUCACGAUGGCACCGGAGAUCAUCAGGCCAAUGCGGGCUCUGGCUUCAGUGCUUCGCAACGCGGCCAGCUCGUCAAGUGGCAUAUGCGUCUGUUGAAGCUCGCAUAUCAACGUCUUGGUAGCUGGCCCAGGGAGUACAAGGGAUACGAGUCGCUGAACGCGCAGCUGUUCAGGACGUUUGGCGACUCACUCAAGGGUGUUGAAGGGGUCGAGAAGUGGUCGGCCAAGGGAUAUGGUUCCGGCAAGGCCGAGAGCAACGAGGGAGCCUUCCAGGGCAACCGUGAGUGGGAGAUCAUUUCUGCUUAG